UGAGUAGUUGGUUCUUUCAGCGCGACAGUGCGAACCUCCGUUCAGAAAGAAACGAGGCGUGUCUCCCGAGAUUUGUCGUGAAAGUGUUUCUCAGACGUUGCACCCAGUAAAGUAAAAAAGUAGUGUUUAAUAAAGUAGGUGCCAUAAAUUUUGAACGACCCAAGUUCCAAUGUGAUCCAUACAUUCUUUUAAAACGAGCAUUAUAUCCAGGAUUCUUGAAAGCGUCAAGCAAUUGAAAGGUGGCUAAAUAGAAGAAAGAAUAUCCCACGUGAAUCAAUGCAUUAGGUUUAAAUGGCAGAUGAAUCGAUGUAUCGCAAAGGACGCUACGCCACUAGGCAAAUCCAAUAUUGCACCUCUUCCUUAUCUAGAGACCGGAUAACUCCGUUUUUGAUUUGUGUUAUAUACAUAAUUCACUUCUUCAACGACGAAAAAAGAGCUUUCGUUACAUCGUAUGUCGCGGUAUGCGGUGAUAAUAGCGAUAGGUCUCACCAAGUACUUAAACUUUUGUGCGGCGUUGCCGGAAUAAACAAAAAAUCAUUUUCAGAUCAUAAAGCACUUAUUAUUUUUACUAUAUCGAUGGGUGCACGUUGAGUCGUUGACCCUCCGGUUUCGCGGCCAGACAGCAGACGUCUAAAAUUUUUAACCGCGAAUGUCGGUUGUUUGGAGCGAGGUCAUUUCUGUGAAUGGAUCCCAUCUGUUUCAUCACGUCAAUUUUUAGUGACGCUACUCUGAACGUGGAACCAGUGUGUGAUUUUGAACACCGGAUUGCGGGAAAUUACAUUGAAAUUCAGAAAAGGGACUAAAAUUCGGUGUAGUGUGGUUCUGUUUUUAGUCGAUACCGGGCCUUGUAAAUGAAACGAUGUGUGGCUUAAUGAAGUGCCUAAAUGUAGUUUCUGCAAAUAUUUCCUCAGUGACUGCGUUGGAAAACAACGGAAAUGAGCGUCAGUACAACCGCGAUCAUCACACCUUAUGCGCUGGUGGCGAUGCUGCUCUGGCACAGACAAAGGAAGGAAUGUCGUUUUUGCAAACCGUCUUGGUCGCGGGCACCAGCAUUAUGUGCAAUUAUUCUGUGCGUCGGAACAUUUGUAAUAUUCUCCAUCACCACUCGAGGCUACUCAGAUCCUAACAAAGCUGUGCUGGGAUGGGAGCCAAGUAAGAACCUUUCGGUGGCGGCGUUUCUGGAGACUGUCGACGUCAACGGGAGGCGUGAGGAUAGUGAGAAUGGCUCCGUCUGCGACUCCGAGUUGCUUCUGCUGGUCGUCGUCUGCUCGAGUCCGGAGAAGGAGGCGCUCCGAACGGCCAUCCGCCAAACCUGGGCGUCUCUUCAGGAUCAAUCCGUCAGGGUUGUUUUUCUCCUUGGACAUCCCCUGCCGAGUCACGAAUCCGCAUACGUCCAGAGCAGAAUAUCGAGAGAAAAAGAGAUGUACCAAGACAUUAUUCAAGAGGAUUUCAUCGAUUCCUACAACAACCUAACUAUCAAAUCUAUCAUGAUGCUCAGGUGGUUCACCAAGAACUGCGAACGAACCAGUUAUUUACUCAAGACUGACGAUGAUAUAUUCUUGGAUUUCCGAGUCUUGAAUCAGUCCUUGAGGCGGCCUUUUCCGAAAUGGAUCGCGCCCGACAAUUUUCUCGGCGGAACUUUAAUACGAGGCGCGAGCCCAAAUAAGGACAACAACGAUAAAUGGUUCAUGCCUAACUAUCUGUAUGCAGGCUCUAAGUAUCCCAAUUAUUUGUCUGGCACAGCUUACUUGAUGUCACGUCAAGUAGCAGAAAAACUGUUCACAGCAUCGUUUGGAGUCAACAUGAUUCACAUGGAGGAUAUUUACAUCACAGGUCUAUGUGCUCGGAAAGCGGGCGUGAGACCCUUCUCGUUAUUCGGAUUCACGCUAUCAAAGGUGAAACGCAUGGGAUGUAAGUCACGUCACAUCAUGAGUCACAGGGUAACCCCGGCAGACAUGUACCGCAUAUGGAACACCCGCGCCGCUUGCUCAGAAUUUUACGUCACAUCAAUUUUUCAGGAUAGACAAUUCGGACUAUGGGAAAAAGUCGCAAAUAAACUCCAUGGAGGCAGAUGAUAAAUACACUUCAUUUUCCAGUGAGGAACCACGAUUGAAUCAGUGAGAACGAAAACACACCAACUCGAAAAAAUGAAAAUAAUCAAGGCACACACACAACU